AUGGUCUCUCUCAACUUUACUGAAUUGCCGCCAGAGCUCCUCGUAUCCAUUUUACGCUUUAUGGAUGCUCAAGAUCUGGCCGUCAUCAAGCAAGUCUGCAGGAUCUUCUUGCAUUUAGUACAAGAUACUGUUGAGCUACAAUACAAGUGUAGCCUCGAUCUCGCGGGCAUGAUCGACGAACCUGAUUGCCGUCUGUCACACCCAGAGAAACUCGAGAAGUUGCGGUCUCUACAGCGAAUGUGCAGCAAGCCCGCGUUGAUCCAAGGAAAGUCGAUUUCGCGGAAGCUCUACAAUCCAUAUGCCGUUUCUCCGGGUCUAGUAUUUGCGCAAGAGAAUGAGAAUGGCGGAAUCGACUUCCUGCAAUUUCCGUGCCCUUUGUUCGGAACGGAGGAACGAGCGUGGACGAUUCAUGAGGAUAAAUUCGAUGUUCACAUUUGGACCCCUCCAAUGGACAACUUCGCUUUCUCUGUCUUUCCGGAGACGGCGCGCCACACCCAUUUGCCGCUCACAGUCACGUCUCAACGCAGAGCAGACCUGGAAAGAGGCUUCUCAUGCAAGGCGACCUGGUGGGGCUCGAAGUUCCGGUUCAUUACGGCUUCGGCAGUGAAGUCCAGAUUUGGAAUUGGAGAACUGGACAUUGGCUUUAUACUCAGCUACACUUACUUGACCGGCGCGACAGUUCUUCCUUUGUCGAUGAUCCGGGGCUGGUAUCGUACCGCGCAAGAGGACGGCGCACGGGGACACUUCCAAGGUAAAUGGCAACCGGGAUGUCUGCGGGUACCGCACCAAGGCCUUCCCAGUGCUGCAGAGGUUCAGGGUAUGCACGCGAUGUUCGUCAGCGUGCAUAGACACGAGGAUCGCUUUGAUCUGCAGGCAGGUUUCAUAGACUAUCAAACUUCCAGAGGCAGUUCAGACCAAUGGGGAAUCGUCGCUCCGAACAAUGAGAAUACCCUUCGUCUUCCCGCGAGGCCAAUAUUGGUUGACGAUACCGAAGGGAGGGACGGGAUACGCCUUGGAGGGGACAUUGUUGUCAUUCCGGAUCAUGCAAUACUGCAAGAGUAUCAAGAGGAAGGUGGCAUAGAGCGAUUCUGGCAAGCCUAUUAUAUUACUGCAUCUGAUGAGUGA